GGUAAAUAGGGUGUAGGACGCCCUAUUUGAGUCAAAUGUUUUUUCCUUUUCUUUCCUCAAUCAUGCCGCAAUUGGUCGUCGCCCAAUCAUUGGCAUUAUUUCCGAGGAGGCAGCCUGGCGGGUUCACCGAACAAUUCCAAGCAAAUUUCAAUUCAGACCCCCCAAACCGGGCCACCACAAAAUUCACCUUCUUUCCCACAACUAAUUCCAGGGAAUCAUUCCCCCCUCUUGCACUAGGCUCUGCCGCACCCUCAUAUGCACUCUACGCACUGCCACACAAUUGAUGCAAUAAUUCAGAAAGCCUCUUGGUACUGUGAAAUCGAUCCAACGCACUGUAGGUACAACAGCCAUCUAUAAGUUACAUCUCACCGCCUUGUGAAUUACCACUUAAUACAACGAAAAUUUACCACCUUUACUGGCUGCACCCCAAGCGCUGGCGAAGUACAAUUACGUCGCCAAUGUCAACAUGCUUCUAAAUCCGUAAUUUAAACCCGUAGCCGUAGAUUGGCCGCGUUACUAGAAUCGCUCAGGUCGCUCAAAUCUUUAUUAUAUUCAUGGCAACGAUAUCAGCGAUAGAAAAUGGAGCCUGACCGAUGCAUCGAUUAUUGAUGGCACGACGAUAUUGUUUAGUAGCGAUGGAAGGUAGGUACUUCGUAUUCAGUGCUGAGCGGCAGAAUCGUAGAUGUACC